AUGCUAAAAGAAUUGGACCUGCCUGAGGAUUAUGAUAUAGUAUCAGUUGAUCUUAAUGAAUCAGAUAGUGACGCUAUCUGCAGCGUAUCAGAAGGGGAAACUAACACAAAUCAACAUUGCGGUUCUGCGGACAACAGACAACCCAAAGGUCAAGAGUACAUUGCAAUAACUGCAGUUAAUGCAAUAUUAGAUACAGGAGCCACAUCAUGUUGUAUUGACAAGAAAUCAGUCCCUUCACAAGCCCUGGAGAAAAAUUCCUACACUGUGAUGAUCAACGGAGUAAAUUCAAGGCAAGCAGCAAACUGGAAAUUAAAAGGAGGACAAAUGAUGAUUGGUGAGAAUAAAUUUCGUAUCCCCUUUACCUACUCAUUUGAUAUGACUUUAGGGGAAGGAAUUCAAAUGGUACUAGGAUGCAACUUUAUCCGAAGCAUGCAAGGCGGAUUACUAAUAGAAGGAAACCAGGCAACGUUUUAUAAAAAUGUUACUACCAUUGCUACUAAUCAAUCUGCAACAACAGCUAUUGAGGAGUUGGAAUUAAAUGAGGAUGAAUAUUUAGAAAUCCAAGAAAAGAUAUUCUUUGCAGGAGUACCAUCCAAUACUUCAAUCUUAAUAAAGCAUGACCCGUUAUUAAACAGACUCCAGGAGCAGGGAUUCAUCGGAGAAGACCCAUUAAAGCAUUGGGCAAAAAAUCAGAUUAUGUGUAAAAGUGACAUAAUCAAUCCAGACAUUACAAUACAAGACAAGCCGCUAUCCCAUGUGACACCAGUUAUGAAGCAGAUAUUUGAAAAGUAUGUUCAGGCAUUACUAGAAUUAAAAGUAAUCCGGCCCAGUAAGAGCAGACACCGAACUAUGGCCAUGAUCGUCCAAUCUGGAACAAGUAUAGACCCAAAGACAGGCAAAGAGGUCAAAGGAAAGGAAAGAAUGAUCUUCAAUUAUAGGGCUUUAAAUGAUAACACAUAUAAAGACCAGUACAGUCUUCUGGGAUAA